UAAAUGCAGUUCGAGCCGAUUUUAAAUCUAUCGAAGAAGUUAAAACUCUUAUUCGAUCAGGAAAAAUUAAUGUUGGUAGUAUGAUUCAUCCGGUUAAACCUUAUCAUUUACCAAUACGUGUUAAUAAGUGUUUAAAAUGCUUAAAACAUGAUCAUACAACAAGGUCCUGCACUCGUCCUCGUUUAUGUCCAAGAUGUGCUGAUGAACAUUCUCUUGAACAUGGUUGCCCGAAUCAAGAAAGGUGUAUCAAUUGUGGUGGUGAUCACAUUUCUGGUCACUCGGCUUGUCCAAUUGUACAGGAAAAACGUCGAGUUCUUGUAGAACAAUCAAAAAGACAAAGGACCGAACUGUUAGUGCUUGCUGAACGUCAACAACAUCGAUAUGAUUUUCAUGAACGUGAUUAUCCAACAUUAGGCAAUGAUAACCUUCAACUUCCUUCUUCUCAAAUGCCACAGCAAACCACGGAAUCUUCUCAAAAAUCAUAUGCCGAAAUGACCAAACAGCAACGCAAACAAGGUCCUCAACAAAAUAUUUAA